AUGGCAGACAAAACCCCGGUCGCCCGGCGCUCGAUGGUUGGUGCACCACCAUCGUCGAAAACGGCCAACAAAUCUACACGAUCCGAGAGGACCCCGCGUACCGUCAAGAAACAGCCGUUAAAAGAGGAGGAAGAGGAACCACAACCGGAUGAGGACAAAUCCGAGAACUCCGAUCCCGAGUCAGACAGCGGCGGCGAAGUAGACGAAAAGGGCAAGGAAAAACAGGCUCCCCCGAAAAAGAAGCGAAAGAAGAAGCUCACCGAAUACACGAUUCGCAGAAAAAUUCGGGACGCUGCGAAAGCUAAAGCGAAGGAAUUGAGGCGACAACAGAUCGAGGACGGCCUCAUCGACGAAGAGGAACCCGAAGUGAUUCCGGAGCCCGAGCCCGAAGAACCUGAGCCCGAGAACAAAGCACCGGACGUGAAAAAGUAUACCGCCUUCCAAAUUCUUUGUGAUCAUCUCCUGCGAAAGUUGAUGGGGAAAGACCCCGAAGAAUACUUUGCUUUUCCGGUCACCCAGAAUAUGGCUCCAGAUUAUCACGAGGUGAUCACGACUCCGAUGGAUUUCUCAGCAAUUCGACAAAAGAUUGAGGACGAUAAAUAUACAACGAUCCCAGAACUGCGCGCCGAUGCCGAGCUGAUUGUAUCGAACGCACUGGCCUACAAUCAUCCGAAUACUGUCUAUCAUUUGGCGGCAACUCGCUUGUCGAAUAUUGUGCGCUUCUUUUUCUCGCAGCAGCAUUUGAGGUAUCUGUAUCACAUGCUGCCACUGGCUCGGGAUAUUCCACUAUCUCAAAUCGGGCUAACGCCGCUGGCUAAUGAGCCAAAGCGUGUGGAGAAUAAAAGACGUGCCGCGCUGCACGAUCCCAAGACUGCCAAGGAACUCCUCCAGCUGAUCCCGCCGGCACACUCGAUGCGGAUGACGACUCGAGUUCCUGAACUGAAGAAUUCCCACCUCGGCUUUAUUGACAACAAGGAAGGCGCGACGGUGCUCAACGUUCUCACAACAACGGACGAUGGCGAGAAAAAGAUGAAACUCAUCGAUCUUGUGGGGCCAUUGGAUGAAGGAGUACCGGGCCUAAUGCAACCCAUUGAAAUGAAAACCGCCCAGGCACCGAUUACCUAUCUGGACUACGGACCCUUCUCCUCGUUUGCUCCUCAAUAUGACAGCACUUGGGCUACAUUGGAUAAGGCGGAAUCAGACCUGGUGCUACGGACCUACGGUGAUCGCGCCAAUGCGGCCGAUGUUCAAUCCCUGCGGAAUAUGGUGGCCAAUGCUGGGGAUCACAUGAUCAAGAUUGUGGACGAACUGCUGGAUGGGUUGACGGACGGAGAGCACUCGCGUGCAAUGCAGCAGUUGGAGAAGAAGCCAGUUCCCUCGGUCAGCAUACCGUCGGAUGGUGACCUGCCGGCUCUUUUGAAUGACGUGGAGUCGCUGGAAAAUCUCGGGUUGGACACAUCGGUGAUCAAGGAGUUACGCGACGGGAUGAUGACAGCGCAACAACCCAUGAGGCUUCAGGAACAACUCGAUCUGCAAGGCCAGGGCCUGCUGGAUUUGAACGAGCUGCAGCGACGUCGCCUCAGCCAACCACCACCCUUCAGCCUCAACAAAGUGCCGCCACCGAAUGCCACGGAACUCCAGCUGGCUUGCAAAACGUCGAAUCAACUGGUCGAGUCGAUCAGUAACUACGCGCAACCGGCCCAUCUUGUCACCGAAGCAGCCAUUCACAACGCUAUCGGUCUCGCAGAUGAUGACGAAUUUCUGUCCGAGUUUUUUGAAACA